AUGUUUAAUCUUUAGAAUGGCUUUGAUUUAGAAUAAGAUAUCGAAUUGAAGGCAGUGUAGAAUGAAGACUUUGAACAAUAAUAUUUGGGACAAUGUCUGAGGGAUUCAAAGAAGGAAUAUCAGUUAUUACCUCACCUUGUUAGCAGAACAUUGAGUGCCUAAAAUUUAGAAGCCAAAUAUUUGCAUAGUCCGAAUUCCUUUCACUCAAAUUCAGACGAGAACAUAUUGGCUUCGAAUGUCCAAACCCCUAAAUUAGCUGUUUUAUAAACAAGAGAUUCAAGCAAAAGAAAAAGUUAGACGAAUGCUUAAACAAGUUUUAUGUCUUUUUUUUACAUUGGGAGGUUUGUAGAGAAAUUGUCACUCAAUCGCAAACGAUUGGGCUGUUUAAAUGAGGCUCAUUUUAAUCUAAUUGGGGACAAGGCAUCAGAUGUGUAUGAAAAAUCCUUUAUUCUCUUAGGCAAAACUUAUUUACUUAUUCAAAGCGAGUAAGUUAAUCUGGAAUUAAUCUGAAGAGAAUGAAAACUCUAUUCGAUAGAGAUGCAGAGAUCAGGGACAGCACUACUCUUGAGUAAGUGAAGGAAGACUUGAGAAGACUUAGAAAACCAAUUGUUAAUUGCAUCAAUACAAUAAUCCAUAAAAUCCCCAUCAUUCAACCAGAAUCCCUAUUCAAAAUGUACUGGGAUUUCUUUACAUCCUUUUUUAGGAUCAUCCUUCUCAUCUUGGUUCCUCUAGAAAUCGCCUUCAAACCUGAAAUUCUCUUUAACAAUCUCAUUUCAAUCACCUAUGUCAUUCUAAUGAUACUGCAAUUGGACUUUCUCAUAAGAAUCAACACUCUCACUUACAAAAAUGGGAUAGCAAUCAAAGAUAAAUGGGAAUUGGUUAUACAUCAAUUAAAAAAGGAGUUUCUUACUGACUUUUCCACUUCUUUAAUCUUGAUAAUAUUUAUGAUCAUUCCCGACAUGAAAACUAAAGCAAACCUAUUUUUGCUAUUAAUCUUAGCCUAACACAAAUACGUAUAUGAGACAUUUGCCAAAAGUGAUCAAAUUUCGUACUUAACAAGACCACAAAGAGGUAUUUUUGGAUUGCUGAAAUUCAUCCUAACCCUUCUCUACAUCCUACAUUUGUUCAGUUGCAUCUGGUUCUACUUCAGUAGUAUCAGCAUUGAAGAUUCGUGGAUUAGAUUUAACGAUCUGGAGGAUAAGAGUUGGGAGGAAUAGUAUUUGUAAGCACUUUACUUUGCAGUUGUGACUAUGUUAACAAUUGGUUACGGUGACAUGGUACCCAAGAAUGCAAUUGAAAAGAUAGUCACUAUGGUGUUUGUAUUAGGAGCAUGUANUUAGUAAAUUUAAUAAUGAUUGUUUUUUCGAAACUGAAUUAUUUAUUAAAUGUUUAAUCUUUAGAAUGGCUUUGAUUUAGAAUAAGAUAUCGAAUUGAAGGCAGUGUAGAAUGAAGACUUUGAACAAUAAUAUUUGGGACAAUGUCUGAGGGAUUCAAAGAAGGAAUAUCAGUUAUUACCUCACCUUGUUAGCAGAACAUUGAGUGCCUAAAAUUUAGAAGCCAAAUAUUUGCAUAGUCCGAAUUCCUUUCACUCAAAUUCAGACGAGAACAUAUUGGCUUCGAAUGUCCAAACCCCUAAAUUAGCUGUUUUAUAAACAAGAGAUUCAAGCAAAAGAAAAAGUUAGACGAAUGCUUAAACAAGUUUUAUGUCUUUUUUUUACAUUGGGAGGUUUGUAGAGAAAUUGUCACUCAAUCGCAAACGAUUGGGCUGUUUAAAUGAGGCUCAUUUUAAUCUAAUUGGGGACAAGGCAUCAGAUGUGUAUGAAAAAUCCUUUAUUCUCUUAGGCAAAACUUAUUUACUUAUUCAAAGCGAGUAAGUUAAUCUGGAAUUAAUCUGAAGAGAAUGAAAACUCUAUUCGAUAGAGAUGCAGAGAUCAGGGACAGCACUACUCUUGAGUAAGUGAAGGAAGACUUGAGAAGACUUAGAAAACCAAUUGUUAAUUGCAUCAAUACAAUAAUCCAUAAAAUCCCCAUCAUUCAACCAGAAUCCCUAUUCAAAAUGUACUGGGAUUUCUUUACAUCCUUUUUUAGGAUCAUCCUUCUCAUCUUGGUUCCUCUAGAAAUCGCCUUCAAACCUGAAAUUCUCUUUAACAAUCUCAUUUCAAUCACCUAUGUCAUUCUAAUGAUACUGCAAUUGGACUUUCUCAUAAGAAUCAACACUCUCACUUACAAAAAUGGGAUAGCAAUCAAAGAUAAAUGGGAAUUGGUUAUACAUCAAUUAAAAAAGGAGUUUCUUACUGACUUUUCCACUUCUUUAAUCUUGAUAAUAUUUAUGAUCAUUCCCGACAUGAAAACUAAAGCAAACCUAUUUUUGCUAUUAAUCUUAGCCUAACACAAAUACGUAUAUGAGACAUUUGCCAAAAGUGAUCAAAUUUCGUACUUAACAAGACCACAAAGAGGUAUUUUUGGAUUGCUGAAAUUCAUCCUAACCCUUCUCUACAUCCUACAUUUGUUCAGUUGCAUCUGGUUCUACUUCAGUAGUAUCAGCAUUGAAGAUUCGUGGAUUAGAUUUAACGAUCUGGAGGAUAAGAGUUGGGAGGAAUAGUAUUUGUAAGCACUUUACUUUGCAGUUGUGACUAUGUUAACAAUUGGUUACGGUGACAUGGUACCCAAGAAUGCAAUUGAAAAGAUAGUCACUAUGGUGUUUGUAUUAGGAGCAUGUAAUCAUCUAAAUAUACUGUUUAGGCUUGUGGGUGUCUUAUAGUGUAAACUUCAUAGGUAGCAUUAUUGACGAUAUUACAUAAAAUCAAGUUGAAAGGAAUCGAAAGAUGAGAGUCAUAAAUAAAUACAUGAAUUAGAGAAAGAUACCCUAUAGUUUAUAACAUCAGUAUAAAUUUGGAUAAAUUCUUAUUUAGGGUUAAAGAAUACUUAACCUUUAGAUGGAAGGAAGACGAUGAAGUCGAUCUUGAAAUUGAAUAGACUUUAUUAGAGCAAUUGUCGGAUGAGUUGAAAGAAGAACUAGAUAAGUAGGCUCAUAAGGUAUACAUUGAGAAGUCAGAAUUCCUAUAGAAAUAUUUUAGUGAGGAAUUGAGAAAUGCUCUAUUCAAAUCCAUCAAGCGAAAGAUUAUUCCUCCUUAGAAUACAUUUUCAACAGAAUUUGCGAAUUAAUAACAUCUGUGCUUUGUUGAAUAAGGGUUCAUAGUGUAUCAACAUCCAGAUCGAAAACAGAGAUCUAAGAUGAAUGCCGUCAUCAACCAAGGUCAAUUUUUUUGUGUGAAUAAUUUCAUAACCAAUAAUCCUUAACUUGAUCUCUUUAAAGCCAUAGGAUAUGCAAGUUUAUUGAUACUAUCCAAAUCAGAUUUCAUUGAAACAUUAAAAGAUUACCCUGAAGAUUUUUAGAAAUAUUGUUAAUUAAAAGAUAACAUGACCUUAAGUUAUGCUCCACCAACAUUAGAAAAUGGAGUAUUUUGUCCAGCUUGCUAGAAUUUUAAACAUCCUCUGAAUAGAUGUCCUUAGGUUCAAUUUGUACCAAAUAGAGAAGCAGUAAUCAAAAAAUAUUGUAUGACUGAGAAUUAAAAGUAAAAUAAGGAGUAUCCUCGAUAAAAUAAAAUAAUCUCAGAGUGGCAAACCUGGGCCAAUAAAGAUUUAACAAGUCAGUAUGCAUCUGUGUUUCAAAAUGAAAAUUAAUAGGCGAUUGCUAUGUAAUCUAAAAUUCAAUUGAACUUUGAAUAUGGAUCUGAUACAAAUUCAUCAGUUGAUGAUGCGGCUUCACCUGGCAUUAAGAUUCCACAAAAUUCCCCUAUUUUUUAAGCAUAACACAUUAAACAAUCGAGAAAAAGUAGACUCGUUUAGGAUCCACAAUUUUAGAAUAAGGCAGACUCUCGUUAAAAUCUAAACCUAGCUCUCUAGAAUAGGAAACAAUCUAUUUUAACUGCAGGUAUCUCUUUGGGUUUUGCAAAGACCAACACACCUAAAAAUAAAAUAGAGAUUCCCUUGAUUGACGAGAUUAAAGAGAGUGACAGUUCAUCGAGUAGUGGUGAAAGUGAGGAAUCAACGGAGAAGUAGAAGGUGAUUGAUUAUAAGAAAUUAGUAGAGAAGAGAGCUUAGGCUACUCAAGAUUUCAAUGAUAAUAUGACCGAUAACAUCACUAAUUUAUAUCAUCAAUUGCAAACACAAUUAGAAGUGAAUGAGAAUGAUGUUAUAGCUAAAAAAGCCUUGCAACAAUUUGAACCUCUUUAUUGGUAAUUCAACUAAUAAAAAUUUGAUGAUUUUGAAACAAAGUCUUAAUUUGAUUAUUACUUCAAUAAACAAAAUGCUGAGGAUGUCAUUUAGUUAAUGAAGGAGGAUAUUUUUGGAUGGCAAACAACCAUUUUGGAUAGGAUGAGGAAGUUCAUGCUCUAUCCGUUUUAAUAUGUAUUAAAUUUCUUGAAAUUGAGGAGGAAUGAUAAACUAAAAUUUGUAGCACCUUUAAAAAUGGUUGCGAAAAUAAAGAACACUUUAGAAACAUUAAAGAAGACCUUGAAAAAAAAGAAAGAAUAAAUUGUUAGAUCGAGUCUGAAGUUCAAUUCUGUGGCUCCAGAUGAAAAUAAAACGAAAGGGGAAUAAAGGAAAUGGGUAGUUUGA